CUUUUAUCCUAUAAAACUUCUAUGUCCUGCAAUGUUAUUGUGCAUAAUCAUUACAGUACCAUGAUACAGUUUUUUCCUAAUGUUGCUGGGAAUUUCCCCUUCACUAUUUCUCUUUCUGUAUUCUCAUCUCCACUACACUCCCUCCCAAUCCAUUUUCCCUCUUGUGACAAGGCUAAGAAAAUACAUUCUCUAACACAUACCAGUCAUUGCCUCAAAGUAUCUGUUAUAGUAAAUACCAGUAAAAUCUGAGGAGCAGCUGUUCCUGGGCCAGCAAAUCAGGGACAUGGCUGGAAUGGGACAUGGUGCAUUGCACAUAUACUAAGCUAUCCACUUAGCCCAUGUAUAGCAUUUCUCCAAUACUCAUCAAAAUAUACAAGCUCUGAUUUUCUAAAACGAUGCUUUUAGUCAUGCAGUCCAUUCUACAGCAAAAUAUCAGACUGUGGUCACUUCAUUUUACAAUGGCAUCAAAGAGAAGAAAGACAUCAACAUAGCUAAAGAUGUCUAUGCUUUGAUACAGAAUGCACAGUUGGUAAACUUUUCAAAUGCUGCUCAAUUUCAUUUUAGUCUGCAAGUCCCCUAUCUGUGCAACAAUUCUGAAUUUCAUAGAGUUGUUGCUGGUGGUCAGGGGUCUGGUGGACUUUGGCCUUAUUGCUCAUUGGCACUGUUCUGGGGUGUACAGCCCAUUCCAGCUUCUGCCUCCAUGACCUUUGGGGAGCACCAGAGCUGGUCUUGUCUGCACAGGAGGACCUGUCAAGCCACUCAGCAGCCCCAGCAGCAAUGUCAGCAAGAAACAAGAGGUGAAAAUGUCUCUAGGCAAGACUGCAAGCAGCCCCAGUAGGUACAAGCUGGAAUUGAGCAAAUUGCUGCUGUCUGACCACUGACAUUCACACAGAGCAGUUCAGAUGAAGCCUGAUAUGCAGUGAUGUACAAAAUUCCCUCAAACUAAGCCAAACAUUUGUCUGAGCAAUACCUAAGAGGACAAAGCUCAGAAGCAGUCAAUCUCCCUGCAGUCCCCUGUGAAGCAUUCAUAUUCUCAUAUAAACACUACCCCUGCUAAACUUGGUCAUUCUGAUAGGCAAGCUUGGUAUACAAGAGUGUUUUCUAUCCUAAGAGGCCAUGUGAUAUUGUCUGGUUUUAUAAUGCCUCUCUAAAGCAUUUUAUUUCCUUUUUGAAAGCAAAAAGAAAACCCUGUUACAGAGAAUGCCGCUUGGAGCAGCAGGAUUAUUUUUCCUUGCAAAGUGCACAAAAUUAAUUUGCAUCAACUUCUGAUAAGAAUAUGCAAUGUCAAGGUCCUGACUGUGAAAAGCCAAGGAAAGAAGCACUGAUAACAAUUUUUUUAAAGCUUUGUUGGGGUAAGGAACAGAUUUUCAAGGAUGCUGGGUUUGAAACAGUUGCCAAAGCUUUGUCACCUGUGUCAGCUAGUAACCUUUCUCCUCCAACAGAAAUGGUUUUGCUUUCCUCCUGUCUCGUGCAAGCCCAGUUUUGCUAAAAAAAAAAAAAUAACAGUGUAGGGAUGCCUCUUCUGCAACUUUUCUCCAGGGGUCCCUUUAAUAAGUGAACAAAACCCAUGAUAAAGUAAAUAAAAAAGGGAGAGCUUAGCAGUUAGUUGCAUGAAUGGAAACAAAGCAUUUUUAAAGAUCCAUUCCAGCUGUGCCCCAAAUCAGAGAUCCCUUUUCCAGUGAUUUCAGCCUAAUUAAUUGUGUUGCUGGAUUUCUUUGUAACCUCCUUUUUGCUCAAAGCAGCUCCCUAUUUAUGAUCCUCUUCAGUAGGGAUGUCAGCCUAUCCCUGUAUGAGAGAGAGAGAGAAAAUACAGCUGUAUCCAGUGGGUCCUGACAGAUCCAGGAGGGCAGUGCUGGCAUCAGGAGGUUCAGGCUAAUGCCCUGCCCUGGUCUCACACUACAAAACAGUUUUGCUAGAACUGGAGUGAAACUCUGGCCAGAAACACCUGGGCAUUUUCCCUGCAUGUUGGAGAUGUAAGCAGUAACAACACAGAUCAUUGCAGAGGCACAAACAGCCUUACUUUAAAUAGGUACUCUUGAACAAGACAUUUCCAGGGAUGAGUCUUUCCCUCUUGCAGCUUGAAUUUAACUUGAAUGGUACAUCAAACAAUUUCAUCACUUCAAAUGCCUGUAGCAUACUGAUCAAAAACAAAAUCUGUGGGGUUAGUUUCUGAUCUUGCACAGAGAGAGUGAGAAAACCACAUUAUAGUGGGGGAGCCCAGUAUCCAGAAAUCAUACAGCAGUGGAGUCCACUCCUCAAACCACUCUAAAUAGCUUGUCCUGCUAUUUACAUUUAAUUUAAAUGCUCCCUACCUUCAAUACUGGCAAAAUAUUGGCACUGUAUAACAUAAGCAAGUGCAGCUAGACAGAAUUAUGAACAUGAGGGUUUAUUCUCUGAGGAUUUAGGGAUGCAGGAUGACAUCUAGGCUCAGACCUCACUGCAUCCAGAGCCUUCCUCUUUGGUGGGAGUGGUGUGGAAGCAUCACAUUCUUUUACAGCAGAGGAGGCAGUCAAGAGGGAGGGGAGCAAAAUGACCGAGGUGGCGCCCUGCAGGGUAUAAAUACAGGCAAAUCUCCCCCACAGUCUUCUGAGUGCUAGAGAGGUGGGACCGAGACUCGAGGCAGACUUCUGUGGGGUUUGUUUGGCAUUGAAGUUGAUUUUGAGCAUUUUCAGAUUUGCUAAUUGAAUUGAUUUGUAAUGAUUUAUAAGAAUGUUUUCUUUGCAUGGAAAAAAAAAUAUGUAGACUACUUCUGAAUUGGAAUAACUAGCAAAAGAAAGACAUGCUUAAAAAUUGUUUGAUGUAGGGAUUAAAGUUUGUUUUCUAGAAGUCUCUCCUUUAGGUAACACCCUUUGAUUUGUAAAGCCUCCAGAGGUUGAUGUCAUAUGUUCAUUCCCCCAGGCAGGAGGAGAACCAAGCUAAAGAGACAGUGAGUUCAGCACUGAGGAGCAACCCAGAGCAAUGUCUCUGGCUGGGGUAAGCUGCCUGGUGACGGGAGCAGGAGGAUUUCUUGGCCAGAGGAUUGUGCGCUUGCUGCUGGAGGAGGAGGAGGCUCUGGCUGAGAUCCGGCUGCUGGACAAAGCCUUCAGUGAUGAAGCACUCAGGAGAUUUGAAAAUUUCAAGGGUAAGACUGAGGUGAAGAUCCUGGAAGGGGACAUCCGAGAUGUGACAUUCCUGCACCGUGCCUGCCAGGGGGUCUCCCUCGUCAUCCACACGGCUUCCCUCAUUGACACCCUGGGCCUCAUCGAGAAGAAGCUGCUCUGGGAAGUCAAUGUAACAGGUACUCAGUUGCUGCUGGAGGCGUGUGUCCGCUGUAAUGUCCAGCACUUCAUAUACACCAGUACCAUAGAAGUGACAGGCCCAAACUGCAAGGGUGACCCCAUUUUCAACGGGGAUGAAGACACAGCUUAUGACAGCACAGCCAAAUCUCCUUAUGCCCAAAGCAAGAGACAGGCAGAGGAUGCUGUGCUGAAAGCAGAUGGCCAGGUGCUGAAGGAUGGUGGCACGCUGAUGACCUGUGCCCUGAGAUCCAUGUACAUUUUUGGGGAGGGCUGCCCGUUUCUCCAAGGCCAUCUGGACAAGUGCCUGUUGAACAAGAACGUCUACCUGCGCUUCUCCAGGAAGGAGGCUCUGGUGAACCCUGUGUACGUGGGGAACGUCGCCUGGGCACACGUGCAGGCAGCCAGGGCCCUCCUUGCCCCGCAGAAAGCCAAGCGCAUCAGGGGCAGGUUCUACUACAUCUCGGACGACACUCCUCACGUGAGCUACGCCGACCUGAAUUACGAGCUGACCAAGGAGCUGGGGUUUGGCAUUGAGCCCCAGCUGCCCAUGCCUCUGACAGUGCUCUAUUACUUCUCGCUGCUGCUGGAGAUCGUGAGCUUCUUGCUGCAGCCCUUUGUCAGGUACAUCCCCUCCACCAACCGGCACCUGGUCACGCUGCUCAACACCCCCUUCACCUUCUCUUACAGAAAAGCACAGCAGGAUUUUGGCUACGUGCCCCGCUACUCGUGGGAAGAGGCCAAGCGGGGCACUAGCGAGUGGAUUGCCUCUGUGAUCCCUCAGAGAAGGCUGUUCUUGCAAAGCAGCACUGCCUGAGCCUGAGGAGGAGCUGAAACCCAGAUAGGAAAGUAGGGCCUGGAGCCAGAGCAGAGCUGGGUGAGCAGCAGCAGCAAACGACAAAGCACUUAAAUGAAUUCUUUGUGUAAGAGCCAACUGAAAUCCCUCAGCCCCGACCUCAGAAUAAAUAAAAGUGAAAUGUUCAUUUGUUUGUUGAGUACAGGCCAAUGAAGGUAACUGUACUGCAUAGUCCACACCCACUCCUACAACCCUGUAGCACAAAGACUUAUUUUAGAAAGACUCCACACAAUCCAUGCUAUGAACACUUCAGCCCUUAUUUCACUCCAUGCCACCUCCAAGGCUUUUGUAAAACACUACUUGUCCUAGAAGUAUAACUACACUUUACAAAUGUACACCACUCAGCUAUACCUUAUUCACUCAGUGUUUGCCAGCCUCACCAAACUGGCAGAGGCAGAAGCCACCUGAUGGCAAAAGCUGUAACAAAUUUUGUUCACUUUUUCAAGGGUGUUGUGCAUUUUGUGUUCACCUGACAGUCAAACUUUGAGCACAGUAAUCAUUGUGACAUCCAAAGUACAGGGGUACACAGGUGCUGCCCCUGUGCUUCUCUGAUGGCCGCAUGAGCUUCUGCAGAAUGUGUAACUGGACUUGUGAGCAAAAAUACAGAUCUUGU